AUGCCAGCUGUGAGAAAGCACCUCACCCAGGCGUUCAAAACCACUGCAGCGCUCUGCCGCAGCAUCGGCAUGCAUGUGACGCAUGUUACACAAGCUCGUAACAUCAGGACUUCUGAACUGGCAGCUAUCAAGAUUGUCAAGCUCGACUCAGGUGAUGACAUCACCCCCAUCCAGCAGGAGAUUACGAUGAUGAAGGAGUGCAAGCACAAAAACAUUGUGGCUUACUUCGGCAGCUACCACAGAAACACCAAGCUGUGGAUCUGCAUGGAGUACUGCGGCGGAGGCUCCCUGCAGGAUAUUUACCACGUGACGGGCCCCUUAAAGGAGAAACAGAUCGCGUUCGUGUGCAGGGAAACCCUCCAGGGGUUGUAUCACUUGCACGAAACUGGUAAAAUGCAUCGGGACAUAAAGGGAGCCAACAUCCUUUUGACAGAGCGUGGAGACGUGAAGCUGGCUGAUUUUGGAAUCGCAGCAGAGAUCAGCGCCUCGGUGGCCAAGAGGAAGUCAUUUAUUGGAACCCCGUAUUGGAUGGCUCCAGAGGUGGCUGCAGUGGAGAAGAAGGGCGGCUAUAACCACCUGUGUGAUAUCUGGGCUGUCGGCAUCACUGCCAUUGAGCUGGCAGAGUUGCAGCCGCCCAUGUUCGACCUGCACCCGAUGAGAGCGCUGAUGCUGAUGUCCAAGAGCAGCUUUCAGCCUCCAAAACUAAAGGAUAAAACCAAGUGGUCUGCAAGCUUCCAAAGCUUCGUGAAGAUGUCUCUCAUUAAAAGCCCUCGUAAACGGCCCUCAGCUGAGACGCUGCUGCAGCACCCGUUUGUGACGCAGCUGCUGACACGUAACCUCAUCAUUGAGCUGCUGGACAUGGCCAACAACCCUGAGCUCCACGCCCCCCACGCAAACACUAUGGACGACAUCGAGCUGGAGAUCGGGGAAAUGGCUCCUGAUAAGAUUCAAGCAGCAGGGAAACGCCAGGCUGUAGAGAGGACGCUGUCUGAAGAGCAAUUUGAUCAGAUGAAGUUUGGGCCCCCGCUGAGGAAAGUCACAGAGCCGUAUCCUGACUUGCAGGGCUGCUAUGAUGACUGGAGUCUGUCUGGAGAUGAAGGAAACUCACCGAGCCUGUUGGAAUGUGUGGAGCAAGCUCUGCAGCUGAGGAGUUUAACCAUCAAGAGAGUGCCAUCUACUGAUGGAGGCAGAAAGAGUGCUUUGUUCAGUCCUUCUACAGCCUCCCUGCCGGCCUUCAGCUUUUUGAGUCCCAGCGCAGAGGACAAAGACGCGACGCUGAGACCGAGCUGUACGCUGGGCCCAGACACCGCUGUCACAGCUGACUCCACCUCCACCACAGCCUUGGCCAGGUACUCAGCCACCCAGGACAUCAGACAGGGCUGCAGUGAGCGGUGUCUGCCUGCAGAGGGCGCUGUGACAGCAGAGACGGUUGCUGCCUCCUCGCCCAAAAGAGAGACCCCACUGUCACCAGAGUGGAGCACGCUGAGGAGAAAGACCAAGGAUGAUAGUGCUGACUGUCAUGGACUUCCUCCCACCCCUCAAGUCCAUAUGGGAGCCUGCUUCUCUAAAGUCUUCAACGGUUGUCCUCUGAAAAUCUACUGUGCUGUCACCUGGAUUUUUCCCAAAACCAGAGAUCAGUAUCUUAUUCUUGGGGCAGAAGAAGGCAUCUAUACACUGAACCUGAAUGAACUUCAUGAAGAUACACUAGAAAAGCUCCUCCCUCAGAGAUGCACGUGGCUGUACGUUAUGAACAAUGUGCUGAUGUCUGUAUCAGGGAAGUCGUCCCAGCUGUACUCGCACAGCCUGCCAGCCCUGUUUGAACAGAAAGGACAUGUGCAGAAGAAACACAGCAGUCUGUCACUCGGCACCAACCGCUUCACCGAGCGGAUCAGCCUCAGAAAGUUUGCCAUAUCUGUGAAGAUUCCUGACACUAAAGGCUGUAGGAGAUGCAGUGUUGCUCGAAACCCGUACACAGACAGCACGUUUCUGUGUGGGGCGGUCCCGUCCGGCCUGGUUUUACUCCUGUGGUAUGAGCCUCUGCAGAAGUUCAUGCAUCUAAAGCACAUAGCGAUCAGGCUUCCAGACUCUCUGCCCGUAUUUGAGCUGUUGGUGUUGGUAACAGAUGAGUUUCCUCAGCUGUGUGUUGGCGUGAGAAACUGCAGUGACCACGAAGCGCCGACCGGCCAGCAGCUCCAGUUUGAUAUCGUAGAGCUGAACGGCGCUCCCGUUUCAGCACCAGCAGACAGCGGAGGACUCAGAGCCGUGCAGGUAACCCAGAUGGACCGAGACACUGUUCUCAUCACCGUGGAAAGAACUGUGAAGAUCGUGAACCUGCAGGGGCUUCCAUCCAGAGAGCUGGCUGCAGAAAUGGUCUUCGACUUCCCCAUUGAGACACUAGUCUGCUUACAGGACAGUGUGCUGGCUUUCUGGAAGCAUGGCCUCAAAGGGAGGAGCUUUCACUCGGAUGAGGUAACACAGGAAAUCACAGACAAGAGCCGCGUGUUCAGAGUGUUGGGAACAAACAGAGACAUCAUCCUUCAGAGCACCCCCACUGAUGACCCGUCAGCACUGAGCAACCUGUACAUCCUGACAGGGCAUGAAAGCAGCUACUGAGAGAGGACACGGGUCGGCUCGUCUGCAGUUACAGUCUGUUUCACUGAGGCAGGUCGUUUCCAUGCUGGGAAGGUCAGGAUGGGAUUCUGCUGACUGUCCAAACUUCAACUGUACAAAACACUCCUGUACACAAAGCCCCCGUCGAGGUGCUCAGCAGGGGUGCCGUCAAAGGUUUCAAGCUUUUCUUGUGUAUUCAGCUUACCUGCUAAAAUCAAACUGUCCUGCUGAUGCUAAUGGAGACACCACACAUCUGCUCUGUCAGCGUGGACUGCAGGAGAACAGGAACACGGCCUCUGUGACAUCAUUUUGAAGCUUUGAGUCGGGUUUUCUUCUUGCCGUCGCCGCAUUUGCUCACUAAUGAUGGGACCGAGGGGAACAAACUGACACACAUCACAGAAAAUGAGCUUUUGUUGAGUCCGAGUGUGUUCUCUUUUUGUUUUAGGGGCUUUUAUGGUAGCUGCAGUGACCUUUGGUCUCGCAUUUAGAUUUAGCUCAACAUUCAGUCGUAUGGUGUAAAGACAUUUUCUGUCUGCAUGCUUCACAUGCACAAUAUGGACAAAAAGUACUGUGCCACAUUAUACCCACAGGAGGCGCUCUGCUGUGCUUCCUGCACACUUCCACUUCCAUGGGGGGAAGAAAGAUCAGAGAUAGUUGCAGCAGUGGCACCAGGCUCGAAUUCAGCGGGCUCCUCGGAGUGACCCCUUAUUUCUCAGGUGUCUGUAAAGGCAUGGCUAGGUGCUGGAUUUUACACACAUGUGGCAGUGGGGCUGAAAACAGCUGAAUUUGUAAAUUAAGAGGUGUGGCCCAGUUCUUUCUCCAUAUAGUGCAGAACAGGAUGGAUGGUUCACACCACUCUGGCCAUCUUUUUCUUUGUUACCCUGAUAUAUUUGGAGCAGAGGUCAGAGGUGAGGAGCUGUUAGCUAACACUUGCUUUGGAGAACUAGAAUUAGAAACAUUAAAUCCAUAAUUCACAGUAAUGUGAACUGGGGGUUGCCUGGGAUACAUAGUUUGGUGAGUCUUCAGGUGCAAUGGGCUGUGAGGUGGGGGUUACUAUAAUGACUCAUAUGAGUCAUUAAACACAGUGAGGAAAGAUGUUACUGAUGGAUGCUCCCGCUGUAGAGCGGAGCGCUCUCAAUGUAACCACUGAAUAACCACCUCUGCACAACAGACGGCUGACCCCAACACUGCCAUGUCUGAAACAUGGGAGUCAGCUCUCCCCACACUCAUGUGGCGGCUCUCUCUCAACCUCAGAUGAAUUUGCUCUGUUGAAAACCUCCCACCACACUAGGACAUAAAACAAGUGGGAAAACACAUGGGAACAAACUGGCAGUAAGGAAACCUUGUGCUUGGAAGUGUACAGUAAGGACAGCAGCUGGAUUCCACACGUGAUGUAACGUUGUGUUCGCAGCUGAUAGGCUGGCUGUUCAGAUAACACCAAAAUCUUUAAAGAACAAAACUGUGAAGAAAUAGCGCGUGCUAACACGUAGAUCCUUAACAUGAGCGUAUUCCAGCUUCCAGCAUCAUUCCUGACGGAGAACAUCUCUGAAACAUUUAGUUGGAGGCUGCUGUGGUUGGCUAACCGUAGAACUGGAUGGUGCAGCUCGUCCUGACACAAACGUGUGCCUCUUUGACUAAGAUGUAAAUUCCACUACAUGAAAUUUUGUGGGUAAAGAUAUUUAUGUUAUUUAUGGAAAGGAUACUGGAACAGUGACACUGACCUUUCCCUGACAGAUACUUGAAGUACUGUAUGCAUAUGAGAUUUGUUUUUAAAGAUGUUUUUUUCUACUAUGUGAAGCUGUUAUUAACAAUACCGUAUGGAUAGAAAUAAAGAU